AAUAAAAUAAUUGAUAACGUUUUUCCCGCUAAAAAUAAUCAUUGUGUUCGUUAGUGAUUAGUGAUAUGCCUUCCAUUGAUUCCGUGGGAAACUUUAUACACAGAUAAACUGUGGCUUUUUUUUAAUCAAUAUCUAAUUUUGAUAACAAUAUUUUAUAUUUCAUUUAAUUAAUCAAUUAUUAUUGCAUAUAGUCAUAUUUAGCCGUGGAUCGCGGACGGGACACUGAUUCCUCGGGCCGUCGUGGCGUGAAGUGAGGAUGAGUGUCAUUUUACAAUUUUACAUUUAGCAUUUUAAGACUUUUGGCUUUAUUGGUCAACAAAAAACGACUAAUCUACUGCUAUUUAUCUUUUUUUACUGAAUAAAAUUAUUCAUAAUAGUUUUCAUCGUUCAACGUAACUGUUAUUACUAAUUAGUCAUUCAACCAUGACUAACCAUGUCCAACCAUGCAUCUACAAAUAUAAAUUGUCUAUGCGAUAAAUCUAAUUAUUGUCUCUUAUAAUUUAAGUAAGUUGAUAUACAAUACUUAUUUUGUCAUUAAGUUUUAUAUUAUGUCUUUAAGUUUAAGCUUAGUUAGAUUCUCUAAUGAAUAGUCAAGUCAAUUAAUUAUCAGUGUUUACACAUUCACUGGUUUCAAUGCCAUAGCGCCACAUUUAAGGUCAAAUGAGGUAGUAAGGUUUACUUCCUAAUUAUGUAAAAAACAGUUAUGCGCUACAUUGAAUCACUUAAUUCUGAUUAGUGGAAGAGGAAUGAUUCAUUUUUAAAAUUAUGUAUUUAAAUCCUAAAUUUAGGAUCAUAAUAUUAUUAAAACAAAUUUAAAAAAAUAGUUAUAUUAUCAUUGAUUUUUAAUUUACAGGACAAAGUUUUCUUUAGUUUUUUCCUUCCUAUUUUAAUUGUUUUAACAAUAUGGAUGAUGAUGAUAAAAAAGGUUGUAUGGACAGCGAUCGAGAGGGAUAUCGACCCGACUUGCGCUAUAGCCGAGUCAUGGGUAAGAUGAGUGGGUCAGUGGUGAUCAACGUGAAGCGGCCGGUAUACCAGCUGGAUGACCUACACGACGGCAAUACGAACGGGGACGUGGACCUAGAGGCGACCGCCAAGCGGAAAAAGGUGUCCAAGCUGAAGUGGUCGGACGUACAAACGGUGGUGCCGGCAAUCGACUGGCUGUUCACCAACUACAACUGGUCCGAGGACUUCUUCAAGGACUUCGUGGCCGGGUUUACGGUAGCCGUGCUAAACAUACCACAGGGCAUGGCGUACGCUAUGCUCGGCAACGUGGACCCGACCGUCGGCCUGUAUAUGGCCAUCAUGCCCGUCAUCGUUUACAGUCUGCUGGGCACGUCCAGACACGUGUCGAUGGGAUCGUUUUCGGUCGUUUGCUUGAUGACCGGCAAGGUGGUAAGCACGUACGCGAACGCCAACCACAUCAACGCCAACAUCGACGCGGACGCCACGGCCGGCACGAUGGUCGACCAAGCGGUAUCGCUGCAGCCGCACCACGCGGCCGCCGUGUACACGUCCAUCGAGGUGGCCACGGCCGUCACCCUGAUGGUCGGCCUCAUACAGAUACUCAUGUACGUGUUCCGGCUGGGCGUCGUGUGCACGAUACUGUCCGAGACGCUGGUCAGCGGGUUCACGGCCGGCGCGGCUGUCCACGUGGUCACUUCCCAGAUGAAGGAGCUGCUGGGCGUCAAGAUCGAUAACCACAACGGGCUGUUCCAGAUCGUGCUUACCUACUACGACAUCGGCAACCGGAUCCGGGACGUAAACUUCGCCACGAUCACGGUGUCGUUCGUCACCACCGUCCUGCUGUUGUCCUACAAUACGCACCUGAAAGCCUUCAUCAACAAGCGCCUGUUCAUGCCCGUGCCCAUCGAGCUCAUCACAAUCGUCAUCGGGACGGCGCUUUUCCAGUUCACCACGUUCUCGGAGGACUACCAAAUCAAACUGAUAGGUGAGAUCGAGAGAGGGUUACCCGACUUCAAACCGCCGCCGGUGAACUUGCUGAUGAGCGUGAUCACCGAGAGCGUGAUCAUCGCGAUCGUCGCGUACUCGAUCACCAUGUCCAUGGCGCUGCUGUUCUCGGAGAAGCUCAAGUACACGAUCGACACGAACCAAGAGCUGCUGGCCCAGGGCGUCGGCAACGUGUUCGGUUCGUUCUUCUCGUGCCUGCCGUUCGCCGCGUCCCUGUCGCGCAGCGCCACCCAGCAGACGGUCGGCGGCCGCACCCAGAUGGCCAGCAUCGUGUCGGCCGGCCUGCUGGUGGCCGUCGUCUUGUGGAUCGGCCACCUGUUCCAGCCGCUGCCCAGGUGCGUGCUGGCCAGCAUCACGAUCGUGGCCCUCAAGGACAUACUGCUGCAGGUGCGGGACGUGGUGCGCGUGUGGCGGACGUCCAAGGCGGACGCGGCCAUCUGGAUCGCGACGUACGCCACCGUGGUGCUGGUCGAGAUCGACGUCGGGCUGCUGGCCGGCGUGAUCGUGUCGCUGUUCUUCGUGUUCAGCCGGGGAAUCGGAACCGGCGUCGUGGUGCUGGGCCGGAUACCCGACACCGACCUGUACGUGGACAUGGACAGGUACCGGCGGGCGGUCGAGGUGCCCCGCGUCCGGAUCGUCCACUACUCCGGCAGCCUGAACGUGACCAACCGGAACGUGUUCCGGGAGAAGGUGCACGGCGUGCUGUCCCGGUACGACGGGCAGCUGGCCCCCAUCACCAUAUCGAUAAACAGCGGCAAGGAGACGGUGGUCCGGGCCCAGUGCGUCGUGUUCGACCUGUCCGGUAUGCAUUACGUGGACAGCUCGGGGCUUACCAUGUUCGCGCGGCUGGUCGACCAGCUCAACGAGGCCGGCCUGCUAGUGUACGUGGCCGCCGUGUCGGGCAACGUGUACGACUGCAUGCGCGCCCGGCGACUCGGCUCGGUGCAGUUCUUCCCGUCCGUCCACGACGCCGUCGAGUACUACAACAACCUGGAAGAGUUGAGAGCUUGAUCGAGAGCCCAGUCGGUCGCGGCCAGCGGUGCUUCCUCCGAGCGCGCGCGCCCCGAAAAAAAAAAUCGUUUCUUCUCCGGUCCGUCUAUACGGUAUAGGUAUUAUUAUAUUAUAUUAUGUUACAAUUAUACAUUUGCGUCUUCGUGAAAAGCCGUCCGGCGUGGCGUUGUUUCGCCGACGGAAAAAUUUGAAAAACAAAACAAAUUUCCCAAUCGACCGUGCUCGUCGGCGCGAAUAAAAUAUAAUAAUAAUAAUAUUAUCUCAAAACCGUUUCUCGAUUAGCGUAAACCGCACGCCCGUCAAAAUAAUAUCACAAACAUCACUCUAUUUAUGUAUUAUAAUAAUGUGCGAUCGAUCCGAGCGCAGUCUUGUUCUAGAUUCCGUUCGUUUCCCGCCGUAGUAUGGCGUCUCACCAACCCCCGUCGGACAAGAUGUCGGAUACACGAAGUAGUUCCUAUGGUAUAGCGAGGUGUAACAAUAAUAAAUGUAGUCAUCUGUACAACGUCGUCUCAUAAAUGAAUAACUCGACGGAAAUACAAAGCUGAGACGUGUCAGGUGAUCGGUCAAGGACGAUAUAAUAUUAUGUCGCGUACCUAUUAUAAAUUAAUAUAAUAUUAUAACGGUUAUUGUGCGAUCGAUUCGGUCCGCGUACAUAAUAUAGUAAAACGGUGAUCUCCAGAGAAAAUUAGGCAUUUGUACAUAAUAUAUUUUAUUAACAUAUCGUCAAGGUUUGAAGCUUUCAAUACGACCGGAUUGACGCCAAACGUGACACUAGAUUGUCACAAUAAUAUUAUCGUUUUGGUCGGUCAGACGCAUAAUAAUAUUAUUAUUAUCGUCUUGGUUCGGCGCGAUCCGACACUGUCCCAAAGGAUUUUUUAGUCGACAUUUCAUUAGCCCACCUCAAUCACUAGUACCUAAAUGUAAAUAUAAUAUGGGGGUAGUUUCAAGAUAUAAUUUCUGUUUUUUGUUUUCGAACUACAGGGAAUUUAAUUUGUUUCGUUGUUAACGGUCUUCGCUGCACCGGCCUUUCCAGCCUUAAACGUUUUCUAGUGCUUAUAAUCGUUGUGAAUUUCCUCCGAGGGAAACCAAUUUACCGCAAAAUACUAUCAAAGUUUUAACGUCCAUAGCGCGUCGUUUCCGUGGUUUAAGAACUUUUUUAAUAAAAAGAAAUGUAGCGAGGACGUGAGUUGUACGAUGAAACAAUAUAAUAGCAUAGUCAUAAUAAUAAUUGAUAUUAAUUACUAUGGUCAAAUAAUUUUAUCUUUUUUUGAUGAUAUUUUAUAUUGAGGCGCAUAAUUUUUUUUUUAUUCACAUCGCCCAAGUCCCGAUAAUCAAUUUAUUUAUAUCAAUAUAUUUACGCAUUGGUCGUUUAAUAAACAGUUAAUUACCGUCUCGGUGCUAUUACAUACAUGUAUAAUUAUCAUAAUAUUUCACGUUGGUUCCAUUUUUCAUGGAAUUUUUUUUCGUUUUUUUUUUUUCGCUAUCGACUGUGAUAUUAUAUAGGUAUAUUGUGAAACAUUCGUAAAAAAUCACUAAUCAUCUCCUCGACGAUAAACCGCGGGUUACCCCAGCGUGGUGUAGUAUUGUGUACACCUCUGCGGCCGUGCAUUAUACCUACUGCACGUGUAACACUUUGCUGGUAUAUUUGUAAUAAAUGUGUUGAUUUAAUCCUGAUAAACGAUGAUUAUGUACCAUUACUCAUUCCCGGCGAGUUGUCUGCCGCCGAGUGUCGUGAAACCUAUUAAUUGGAAAUCGAUCGGUUGUUAAAAACCGCGGGUUUGUGAUUAACGGAUUUCUCUAUGUAUAUAAUGUAGCGCGGUUGAUUUUAUAGCACCAUCUCUGCACGGCCCCGGUCUUAACGACUUUUUCGAAAUAAUUGAUCGAAAUCAAAACGAGACCCGAUGUGUCGUUAAAAAAAAAAAAAAAUGUAAAACACCUAAAAAUAAUACGGUUACACCGAAAUCUAUACACUUAAAAUAUAUAUCUACUACCUGCGAUACCCUAGAGUAUUGGCCGCGACAGUAGAACAUUUAGAUAGUGUUAAAUUUUUUUUGUAGAAAAAACUUAAUCAUUGCGCGAUGUAUAAUAUAAAAAUAUUUUUGUUAAUUUUAUUUUUGAUGAAUAUACUUAGCGAAAUACUAAAAUGUUCUAAAAUAGUACUAACCCAAUUAUGUAUAUAUAUAUAUAUAAUAUACUGCAUAAAUUGUUUGAUAUUGUUAUUUCGAUACUUGAUCGAAAGAUAAUAAUAUUUGUUGCCGUUUCGCGAAAGUACCACACGCUUUCUCAAUAAUAACAUUUUUUUUUUUGUUUUCAUCCACUCUAUAUUAUUAUGUUUUAUUCACCAAUUUUUUUGUUUUUUCACUCGUCGCGAAGUUUAGACACAGGUGGAGGACAUUGUUUUUAUUAUUCUCGUGUUAUUUUAUACCAUAUAGUUAUAGGGAUGGAUACAUUUAGAAUAUUGUACGCAGUUACCAAAUUUUUUCAGGUGAUAAGUUGAUGGGGUGAUUUUUUUUUCCAUUUUAAUAGUUGUGGUUAUAUCGAUUUAAAUAGUAAUAAGUUAUUACGCUGUAUAUAUACUUACAAUAAACUUUUAUACUUCGUUGGUUUUCUAAUCAUUCCAUUGUGAUUUAGUAUUUAUCGUUAUUUUUAUCGCGUAUUUUAUAAAUGUUAUAUUAUUAAUUAUUAUAUUAUUAUAAUAACGAUAUUGCGUAGAUAUUACGCUAUUAUAAUUAUUUUUA